GUUUUUUUUGCCAACAAAAAAGGCUGGGUUUUGGAUUUUCAAAAUCUUGAGACGAUACGACAACCGCUGCUCAGAAAGACAAACUCGUGAAAUAAACAGGCAAGACUUCUUAUUGCACGGAAAAAGGGACAGAGAAAGAGAAACCCAAAGACGCAGAUAGCGCUACGAAACGAAGAGACCAUCGCUGCCUUCCCACCCCUCUCCAAUUUGAAAGCGGUUUCUGGGAUUAACAAAACAAGAGUGUGAGUUUGAAUUUUGAGGUGCAGACAUUUGAAGAGAAGAUGACGAAGAGCCGAACUCCAUACUGCUGGUGGUUUGACGGUCGCCACGACACAAAACGCUCACCUUUGCUCCAAAAAACUCUUGCUGAACUAGACCAGAGGACACUGGCAAUAUUAGAACUGCUCGAGGAAGAUGCAGAUUCAUUUGCCAAACGUGCAGAGAUGUAUUACGAAAGGCGCCCUCAACUUAUCAGCAUGAUUGAAGAAUUUUACCGUUCUCACCGUUCACUGAUAGAGCGAUAUGACCGAAUCAAGACCGUGACCAGCUCUGGAACUUGCCAACACCUCCUCGCAAACGUGUCUUCCCCAGAAAAUAAGUUUGCGCUUAGUAUGGAUAUGAAGUACUAUGCCUUCUCCGAGACGAGUUGUGAUAUUGACCUUGAACUUGCAGAUUCUGCAGUGUCCGAAGUUGAUGAUCCUAAUCAGGAAGAUAAAGUCCUAAAUGAUAAUGGAAUCAAAGAUAUUGACCUCGAGAAGACUAGUUGUGAUAUUGACCUUGAACUCGAGUAUUCUGCCGAGUCGGAAGUUGAUGAUCCUGAACAGGUAGAUGAAGUCCUAGAUGAUAAUGGAAUCAAGGGGGGAGUUUUAGGUACGAUCAACAAUGUUGAAGCAAGAAAGUUGGGGGAAGAAAUAGAGAGACUCAGGGAAGAGAACAGAAUUCAGAAAGAACAGUUAACGCAGAAAGAUGAAGAUAAGAAAGAAGUGAUUAGACAACUGAGUUUUGCUGUAAGUUUGCUGAUGGAUGACAAUGCGAGGCUAAGGAUGGGCGAGAAUGGAACUAAAUUCGCCAAUGAAAGGAACCCAUUUGAUUCUGGUCGUGUUAAAGGAACGUUCUUAAGAAAGCUGUUUCAUUGGCCUCGCAUUUUCCAGUGAACUAAUGUUGCUCUCUAGUUUUGUCAACAAUUAACCAAUGGUGUAAAGUUACAGCCUAUUGAUACUAUAAGUAUACAAUAAAACGUGUUACAACAU